GAUACUGGAUUUUUAUGUCGGUCUUUGAAGCGGAGGGAUGUAUGGUUACUUUUAAUUUUACUUUUUUCUCUCUUUUAAUUUAAAAAAACUGUCUUCCAGUUAAAAAGCAAGGAAACCGUUUUACCUGCAUGUGACAAUCCCAGAGGACACCGAUCAAGAAACAGGGGAGUGACUUGGUCUUCUGCACUACUUUACUCCUACCCCAAUUUUUUUAGGGGGAGAGAAGGAUUUUUCCAGUCCAAGAAUCUCUUGCCCCCAAGUUUUGGAAGGGGGUUGAAGACUUGUCACCCAUCUGGGGGUGCAUGAAGGGUAUUGGUUUUCUUUCUCCGUUAGCUUGGUUUUGUGAAGGGUUGGAAGAGAAUUUUGCCUUCCUGACUUGCCUGGAACGAGAGGAUGAUUUGGAAGUGGCUGGGCGCUUUGCUGCUUUUCCCCGUGCAGAUGGUUUAUUUGGUGGUGAAAGCUGCCGUGUGCAUGGUGCUGCCGCCCAAGCUCCGAGACCUCUCCGGGGAGAAUGUGCUCAUCACCGGAGGGGGCAGAGGCAUCGGCCGCCAUCUGGCCCGGGAGUUUGCUAAACGAGGAGCCAGAAAGAUCAUCCUGUGGGGUCGAACUGAGAAAUGCCUGAAGGAGACCACAGAGGAAAUCAGGAUGAUGGGGACAGAAUGCCAUUAUUUCAUUUGUGAUGUAGGAAAUCGAGAGGAGGUCUAUCGGCAAGCCAAAGCUGUGCGGGAAAAGGUGGGCGAUAUCACUAUCCUGGUGAACAAUGCUGCUGUGGUCCACGGUAAGAGCCUGAUGGACAGCGAUGAUGAUGCACUGCUCAAAUCACAACAUAUCAACACCCUGGGACAGUUCUGGCAAACUUUUUUUUCCCCUCCAAGGAUGCUGGAGUUGCAGAAUGGACACAUUGUUUGCCUGAACUCUGUCCUGGCCUUGUCAGCCAUCCCUGGUGCCAUUGACUACUGCACCUCCAAAGCCUCGUCCUUUGCCUUUAUGGAGAGCCUGACCUUGGGGCUGCUAGACUGUCCUGGAGUGAAUGCCACAACAGUCCUGCCCUUCCACACGAGCACAGAGAUGUUUCAGGGCAUGAGAAUCAGGUUCCCUAAUCUUUUUCCUCCUCUCAAGCCAGAGACAGUGGCUAGGAGGACAGUAGAAGCCGUUCAGAUGAAUCAAGCCUUCCUGCUCCUUCCAUGGACAAUGCAUGUUCUUGUCAUCCUGAAAAGCAUUCUCCCUCAGGCAGCACUUGAAGAAAUCCACAAGUUUUCUGGGAGCUACACCUGCAUGAACACUUUUAAAGGACGAACAUAGACUUGAUGGUGCAAGGACUGUUCUUCAGUGAAACCAACACAAGCAUGAAAAUCCUGACAAGACUGUGAAUCAGCAGUCUUGGCUUUUAGCCUGCUCAUGUGACUUGCACUGCUCUGAGGCAACACAUUUCUUGUAGGUCAUAUCCAUAGUAACAUGACCUUUGCACAGGAUUGAAUGAGUAGACUAUGGACCCUUGGAAAGAAAAACAAAAAGUAUGAAAUGUUUAUAUGAUGUUUAAUUCUUUAGAGUUCAAUUGUUAAAUCUACUCAUAGUUUUAAGAUGUAAUUUUUGUUUCUAAAGUGUCUGUAGGCUGUCUCAGCUGAGAGGCAGUACAUCACACCCCAUACUUUAUCCCCUCUUUUCAGAGGAACUGCAAUUACAAACUGCUUCUGGUUUCUUUUCAGCUUUUUGAAUGGGGAACUUAAAAAAUACUUUGAAGAACUAAAAGUUAUGGACAUUUAAUGGAAGCUUCCUUUCCUUCCUUCACUUCACAUCCGUUGAUGAAGCUGUUCCCAACUCAGAGAAGGAGCUAACUGUGGAGCAAUGUUUUCUUUAUUAAAGGCCACCCAGGACUUCUGUCUGGAAGGACUGUGCUGGGCCCAAGAAGGCUGUCUUACUUCACCUGUGAAGGCUGGAGAGGAAUGCUCAGUAGAAGAACAGACAGUUUGAAUAGUGGAAGAUUCUUUCUGUCACUGAACUCACAUAUGAAAUUUAAUUGUCUUUCUGAAUAUUUUUGUUCAUUUAUGAUAAAAAAUAUAUAUAUUUUUAGCA